CCCCCCCCCCCCCCUCACACUGCUCCUCUCUCCAGCUGUCACUUGAAGCUCCUUCUCCUUCUGUCCCCCUACUCUCAACACCCCCCACCCCCAAUUUCCCCAACAACCCCCUCACGGACACACAGCCCCGAUGGCAGGGCGCCCAUCACGACCCAGUGGCCAGCCCCAGUCCAGUAAGGUGAGCCAGUUUAAAUUGGUUCUACUGGGGGAGACAUCAGUGGGGAAGUCCAGCCUGCUGCUGCAGUUUGUCAAAGGCCAGUACCAGGACUUCGGGGAGAGCACCAUUGGGGCGGCCUUUCUGACUCAGAUGGUGAGUGUGGACAGUGCUAUGGUGAAGUUUGAGAUCUGGGACACGGCUGGUCAGGAGCGCUACCACAGCCUGGCACCUAUGUACUACAGAGGAGCUCAGGCAGCCAUAGUGGUCUAUGACAUUACCAACACAGAGACCUUUGUACGGGCCAAAGCUUGGGUGAGCGAGCUCCAGAAACAGGCCAGUACAAACAUGGUGAUAGCCUUAGCGGGCAACAAAGCCGAUUGGUCUGCGAACAGAGCGGUGGAGUAUACGGAUGGUCAGGGUUAUGCUGCUGACAACAGUCUUCUCUUCAUGGAGACCUCUGCCAAGACAGCCAUGAAUGUCAACAACCUCUUCCUGGCCAUAGCCAAGAAACUGCCCAAGAGUGAGCCACUGGGUGGAGUAGCUGGCAGUGCUGGGGUUCGAGGAGGACCUCCAAUGGACCUCAGACAGCCUACCCAGACCAGCCCUGCCCAGUGCUGUGGAAACUGAGGAGGGAUGGGGGAGAAGAGAAGCAAGUUCACAUCUGAGGGAGGAGGGAAGUUUAAAGAGAUUUUCCAGAGAAAAGAAAGGAGCGUAAAAGAGAGUGUAGCAUGCAAAUGAGUUAAAGGAAUGAUAAGGGACAAAUACACUGAGUGUACAAAAUCAUUAGAAACUCCUUCCUAAUAUUGAGUUGCACCCACCCAACUGGUCAAGCUAUGUCAUGGAAAGAGCAGGUGUUCUUAAUGUUUUGUAUACUCAGUGUAUGUAGAUCAAUGGGAGGAAAACACACACUACAAUAAGAUGAACUUCUAUUAAAGUUAUCACUUCCCAACAUGUUUUUGUCAACUCGGCACUACUGGACAGCCACUGACCCAGCCAGAUAAAAUACACUUACUGUAUGGUCUGUACGUGAUCUUUAUGCUCUGUAUGGUCAAGCUAUUAUCAUAACACUCCUCUAACCUUUCCACAUUUACGUGGGUCUAUUUGAUAUUAUGAAAAUAAAUGAAAUGAUGUUGAGAUACAGACUGCGUUGUCCCAUCUCGGUGUUUACACUCAGCAGUUCUCCCAGUAGGCUAGAAACUAAGGCCAAUUGAACACGUGGUGUGGGGUUAUGAAGUUCUUGGCAAAUGCUGCCAAUCUGAGGACACAAACAGGAAGUGACAUCACAUUGGUCUUUCAGGCGGUGCGGACACACUAGGCCAAAGCGAUUAAAACAGAGGCGGAGGCCAAAUGUCUGUUUGCAAAAAGCACACAGAUCAUUUCUCUGAGAACACAUGGUCAAAGCUCCCAGCAGUCCCUCCUAUGACUGCAUAUCAAAUUGCUUUUAUCCAUGUUCAUUUGCCUCUCUAUCUUAGUUGGACAUUUAUAUUAUCAGCUCUGCUGUACAGUUUCUGAGCCUCUCACCAGUACUAUGUAGUCCCUAAAAGAGGAAGUGACAAUAAAUGUGUUUUUUUUUUACCACAUCUCCUUUACUAAUAAAUGUGCAAUACUAAGGUGUACUCAGUUGGCCUGUACUAUAGGAACGUUUUCUAUGUUGCAGUUAUAAAUAGAAUGUAUAGAACCAUGUACAGUACAGGUAACCCUAAUGUUACAGACUGUUCACCGGUGAUGGUUGAACAAAAUUAUUGGCCAAUUGCAAAGAGAUGGUGAUAAAAACAGUGGAACUAAGACAAUGAGAAGAUCAUUUCUUGUGGUUUGACAAGCUCAAUGUCCUUUAUCUGAUUUGCCUCUUUUGUUUCUGUCCUGUUUUAAUUACCACAGACGCAUUGCUCACUGCAAAUAUUACUGUGUUAUAGUUUCAUAGAAUUCCCUGUGUGUGUAUUGUUUUAUAAACACAAAGUAUAUAUUUGUCUAAUGGUGUUCCAAUAUAGCAUCAUAAAAGCACUAUAUGCCCAAGCUUUUUAUAACAAUGUGCAUUGCCCAUGUAUGCAUAUCCUAUAUCGCAGUCUCAAUUUCUUGUUUUAAAAUGUUUACAAAUAA